GGAACCUGAGAAGCGACAUCGUGUCUUCAUACUGCUGCAGGAUGUAUCGUGUUGCGGUCCUUGUACUUGUUGUGGCCUGUAUCAAGGCCCAAGUUAUAUAUCACGAAGAAAGGGAUGAAGAAGGCUCUGGGAAAGAAGAGAACGAAUGCCAGGAAGAAGGUGGUCAAUGUCGGAGACCAUGGGCAUGUCUGAGGGAUGAAAAGCUGCAGAUUGACUUCGGACUGUCAGAGGAAUGUCAUGGGAUAUCAGUCUGUUGCGUACCGGAAGCUAAGAACGAAUGUGAAGAGGAAGGAGGACAGUGCAAGAGAGCAAAGACUUGUAUCAGGGACACCCGAGGCAAGAUUGAUAUUGAGCUUUCGCAAGAAUGCCCAGGAAGAUCGGUGUGCUGCGUCAAGAAGGCUCCUGAGAAAAGCAAGUGUGAGAAAAAAGGCGGUGAAUGCAAAGGAGCAAUGAGAUGUCAAUUUCAUGAUGAUGCGAGAAUCAACUACGGUCUUUCAGAAGACUGCCCCGGUGUGAAAGUCUGUUGCGUUCCAAGAAAGAAUGCAUGUGAGAGGGAAUACGGUCAUUGUCGCGGGGCACGAAGCUGUGUGAGAGGUGCCCAAGGCCAGGUCGCAUUAGGAUUGUCACUGGACUGUCCUGGAGAUACAGUUUGUUGCGUCAAUAUGAGACGAGGAUAGAUCGUGCGGAGCUUUGAUCGACGCAUGUAGGGUCGGACCGACGGGAUAGAAGUCAAUCAAUGCUAUUUCAUUGUGGUUCAUACUAAACUAACUUAUACCUGAACAUUAAACCCCACCCAAUCGGCUUGAAUUGUGAUGUAAAGGAAUCUUUUCGACGUGAAUAAAUGAAGCUGACUUUAAA